AUGGCCAGAGCGAUCCGGCACGCCGCCCACCAGGAGCACCACUUGUUCCUCGUCGACUCCGGCGGGAGCAGCGGCAGCGACCGCGGCUUCGUGUGCGACGGCUGCCGCUGCCCGGGCGCCGGCCUCCGCUACCUCUGCGGCGCGUGCGACUUCGACCUGCACGGGCCCUGCGCGACGGCGCCCGGGGCCGCGUGGUUCUUCUUCCACGGCCAGCACCCGCUCGCGUUCGAGGUGGCCGGUGGCGGCAGCGGCGGCGAACCUCGCCGCCGCUGCGACAUCUGCGAGACGGACAUCCGCGGCAUGCACUACCGCUGCCGGCCGUGCGGCUUCGACGUGCACCCCGUCUGCGCGCAGCUGCCGGGCGCCGCCGUAUCGCCGCUGCACCCGGAGCACGUCGUGAUGCUCAGCGUGGGCGCCCCCGAGGAGUGCGCGCGCUGCGGCGUCGACUGCGUGUGGCGCUAUCGCUGCGGAUUGUGCGACGUCAACAUUCACCCAAGAUGCCUGCUGGGGACUGAUCAGACGCCGCUCAACAUCCCCAAGAGCAACUAG